GGAAACUCAUAAACUUGCACGUUGAAAUUAAGAUAAGCUCAUUUUUGAUCCACUGUGAUGUAGAGCGGAGGGGUGGGGUCAAAAACAUGCAGAGUGUCUGAGUUAUGGAUUCAUUUCAAAAGCAUAAAUCAAGUAGGUCACAGCCCAGAGAACAGCAGAACUGAGAGCGAAUGAGAAGUCGAUAGAGGCUGUGACCCUUUGACUUAAAUAAUAGAGUAAAUACGUCUUCAUUCAAAGCAAACAUUUGAGUAGAAAUAUCCGAACACGGGCACAUUCGUUUCGAGGACUGGAUCAAUCGCCUGAUCAAACAACUGGUAGCCGUGUUUGGAUCUGCUCUUUUCUUGGAAAAUUACUUGCUGGUUGCUGGUAUAAUAAAAAAAAAAGAAAAGCCUCUGUGAUUAUUCUGCUCCAUUUUCCUCCUGGGUGACACGCCCACCUCCUCGACAACACUGUCAAAACACACUUUUCGCCAUAAAGCGGGCGGAAAGUGCCACAAACAGCCCCUCCCCCUCUCAUCGACUCAUCAACUUGAGCCGGUUUAUGACUUUACUGCACGGCCCCUCCAGUUCGUUCAGGCGGCUCUCGGCUCUAAGCUGGACGACCGUGCGCUUCCUGACAGGUUGAAUUAUUCUGAAUCAUUUCACUUAAGGGCCCAGAUGCUACCUGUCUGUUGCCCUCCGCUGAGAUGGCAAUUAAGGCAGCCUGGUGCCGGCUAAAUGCCCCCCUACUUCUGCCUGAGUGGAUACGUCUCUUUAUCUGUCGUGAUGUCGUGUGCACCUCGCCCCCAGUCGUGCCCACACCUUCGUGGCCACCGCCUUUUUUUUUUUUUUUUUUUUUUUGUACCUUCACCUGCCUCAGAUGUUGUGUCGCAGUCGGCGCACGAUGGAGGGAGAAGUUUUCCUCUCCGGCAGCUCCUCGCUUUUACCACCCGCCCGGGAACGUUCGCCCAUCUGAUCCACGCUCAGAUUUUUUUCCCCGGAUUUGACCUUUAUCAUGGUGAGCUGGGGGAAGCGCGACCUCGCCGGCGGCCUCAACUGAAGAGAGAUGCAGGUGACCGCCAACGACUGCGUCGCUCUCUUCGUCUACACCUUCACCUUCCUGCUGGGCCUCCCCGCCAACCUGCUGGUCCUCUUCGUGUACGUGCGCAAGGCUCGCAAGCGCGGCGCCACGCCCAACGUCGUCUACGCCCUCAACCUGUGCCUGGCCAACCUGGCGCUGGUGGUCUGGCUGCCCGUCAAGGCGCUGGAGACGGCGCUCAGGGACUGGAGGCUGCCGGGGCCCAUGUGCACGGUCUACAGCUUCUUCCUCUUCUCCUCGCUGUACGGCAGCUGCCUGUUCAUCACCAUCGUGACCGUGGGGCGCUACCUCAGCAUCGCGUUCCCGAUCAUCUACAAGAGGUACCGCCGGGCGCGCAACUCCUGCUUCAUCAGCGUCGCCCUGUGGCUGCUGGUGCUGCUCCACCUCAGCUUCGGCCUGGUGGCCGAAGGGGGGGCCAACUUCGUCUCCAUCAAGGACGACGUCUCGACCUGCUACGACGAGUUCGACGAGGCCCAGCUGGCCGUGCUGCUGCCCCUGCGCCUGGAGAUGGCGGUCGUCCUGUUCUUCGUGCCCCUGGUCUUGACGUCGUUCUGCACGAUGUGCUGCGUCACCCUGGUGUGGCGCUCCAACCUGCCCCUCAUGGGGAAGAGGAGGGUCCUGGCGGUGGCGCUGUCCACGCUGGCCGUGUUCGUGGUGUGCUACGCGCCCUACAACGCCUCGCACAUCGUGGGGUUCGUGUUCCACACGAACGUGGAGUGGAGGGAUUACGCCAUCCUCACCAGCUCCUGCAACGUCUUCCUGGAGCCCGUGGUCAUGCUGAUGCACUCGCCGGCCGCGUCCAGGGGGAUCCUGGGGAGGAUGUGCGGGCGGCAGAGCCAGUUCGGCCGCAGCGAAGGGUUUCGGCACCGGUGCAAGUCCACCAGAGCCGUCGUGGGCGUCCGGGCGACGCCGAGCCCGUCUGAGAGGAGCCCGGUCAAGGCCGAGGUCACGAGGGAAAGUCAGGAGUGAGGUGGAGGUUUCAGGGAAACUAACGACCCCUCGAAAAAUCUACCACCGUCUCUGCAGACUCAAGGACCGGCAAAUAAUCCUCUCCCUUUGGACUGAAUGUUAAGAAAAGACAAAAGACUUUUUUGAUGUCAGCUUGAUGAAAAGUGACUCCUGUGACUCUUUCACUCUUGGGAUUUACGGGGAGAUUUCUCAGUAAAGAGGAUCUAUUAAUCUCUGAAAUCCUUUCAAAUGGAUUGAAUGUCUUGUUUCUAAUUCCACGAGGUCUUUUUCCUUUUUGAAGAAGACGGCAGCGCUGAAGAUACGGAGACUAACGGCUCCCUCUGGUGUCUCUGCGGCUAUAACGAGGGAACAACCUCCUGGUUUCAUUCACGGCGACAUGAAACAGAUUAUUAGCUGCAGCUGUGUCGGGGUAAACUUAAAUUAAAAGUCAUUACGCAUCUGUUCGUUCACUGAUUGAUUGAUUUGUUUCUGGAGUGACCUUCAAAAUAAAAUGUGAUGUCUGGGUUGUGUUUUAAGCACGAGGACAAAACACUCUCAGAUAUGUAAUAUUGGCUCAUUUUCCCUGAAUAAACUUAUACACUAGUAUGUUUCUAUGUAUAUUUCUGUUUCUUUUGCUUGAUUGGGUUCCUUUUCUAAGUUUUACACAAAUUCCGCUGAUGUUUUGAGUCAUUUUUAUGCAGAAAUGUAGAAAAUCCUGAGUCACAGAUUGUAAAGAAAAAUAAAACUAAUUUUUUAAAGUGU